AUGCCUGCAGUUUCGAAGCUUGUACCAGACCAGACUGUAUUCUUCCUCUGCGACGUGCAAACACGUUUCAAAAAUCUCAUAUUCGGUAUUGAUGAGCUAGUGUUGACAAUCAACAAGAUGCUCAAGGUCGCCAAGGUGGUGGAUAUCCCUGUGGUUGUCACGGAACAGAACCCCAAAGGCCUCGGAAGCACCAUCCCGGACAUCGAUUUACCUUCCCUAGGGCCCCUUCUUGUCGCUACUGUCGAGAAAGGGCUCUUCUUCAUGAUGACGCCGGAAGUGAAGGCCAUACCUCAUGAACUCCCACAGAUAAGAUCUGUGGUACUCUCUGGCAUCGAGUCACAAGUUUGCGUAUUACAAUCUGCUCUAGAUUUCAUCGAGGCGGGAUAUAAUGUCCACGUGAUAGCAGAUGGUGUCUCUAGCUCUAAUAAAGAAGAGAUUCCAUUGGCGCGGAUUCGACAGAGUGGUGGAUACAUCAAUACGAGCGAGAGUGCGGCUUUUCAAUUGCAACGGAAUGCUAGUGUUCCCGGGUUCAAAUCGUUCUCAAACGUUAUGAAGGAAGAGAAGGAUCACACGGUGAGAACGUGGCAGAAGCUGCUACAACACCGCGCUGUCUUGUAG